GUGAACAUCUUCGACGACGAGACCAAGGCCACAGGGGCUGAUGCGGACGUGGUCUACUGGCACCACAAGUGCCGCGGCGCGGCCAGGUACCUGGAGAACGCCGCUCUUGCUCGCGACGCCCGGGAGCACGAUCCCGCUAAGAAGGUGCACAUGAGGAACUUGCGCGACGUGGAGAAGAACAACACGGCCGCUAUCGGACUGCCGUGCAUAGGGACGCAGCUCGACGACGUGAUCAUGCUCGACUUCGAUGAGUUCUGCGCCCACCAUGCGUUCUGGAAGCGGUGGGAUGACGCUCGGUGUGAAAUCGAGUGGGACGCUGCCGUGGACGACCCGAGGAUCCUCAAGGAGGGCGAAGGGGUGAACCUCAGGGCCCCUGUUGCUCUGCCGAAGAAGUACAGGGGCAUCCAGGGCGUCGGGGAGAGUUCGGCCAUCCAGUCCGAGAAGGCACACGAAGGUAAGGAUGACAUCCAGCGGGCCAUGCAGCGGGUGAGAUCCGCCGCGAGCGGGUCGUCUGACCAGCUUGCGAACAUGGGUGGCCAGGCUCAGGCAGCUCUUCGUGUUGGCGCAGCUUUUCGCGGCGCGUCCUCGGGUCGCGGCGACGCAGCGGUGUUCCAAGACAAAUAUUCUAGCGUCUUCGGUCACGACUUCCUCUCCAACAGCUGCGGUCCAGCCCGCGGGGGCGCGCCGCUUGUGCAUGGCGUUCCAGCGCCCUGCCUGUCCCCGGCACCUCUCGUUGGCGGCGACGGGCAGCCUGCAACGUCGUCUGGGACGGCUACGCCGCUCGUGGCCGCGGGGGCCGGUGCUGCGCCAGGAACGCCGUUCGGAAUGCCAGUGCCGCCCGCAGAGACGCUGUCGGCGGCGAAGCCCAAGAAGGUUUGGACGGGCCCAGAGAUCUCCGCUGCCAAGAAGAAGCUGGGGGUCGACAUCACUGGCCUCCUGAAUGAGGUCUACCCGCCCAAGAGAGGAGGCUUCCUCAGGACCGCGCAGAACUUCGCCACGUCGCUCGGCGCAAAGUACCCGCAGAUGCUCAUUGAUGAGGUCGUGGCGGUAAACAUUACGGAGCUCGAGGCCGCGAUCAAGGAGAUCUCCGACAAGAAGAAUGCCGUGCCGAACUGCCCAGCGUCGAAGUUCGAGGAUAUGCAGGAGGAGGUGGCGGAUCUCGAGUCGACAGUUCAGCGCCUUGCCAGCCAGCUGAACGCAAGCAUGACUAAGAUCAAAGAUCACCAUGCCGCGACUCAGAAGAAAAUCAAGAGCGACGCCGCGAAGGAUCGGUAUCGACUCAACCAGUCAACCAAGCGAUUCACAGACAAGGGCUGCACUUUGAAGAUAGCCCAGCACCUGGACAACAUCGAGAAAGAGACGAAGAAUGGCGUGAAGGCGUCCUUGGUGAAGCCCAUGCUCGACGAUGCCGAGACGAAGGCCCUGGCGUCUAAGGGGCCCGGGCUCAUCGACCUUGCGAAGAACACGAACCUCAAUGAGCUCGUGAAGUUCUGCGACGCGGAGUUCCAGGAGAGGGCCAAGAGGCUCAUCGACCAUCUCAAAGCAGCCAACGGCAAGGGCAACCUGCAGCACGCCGUGACGAUUGAGCCUUCUACUCGCUACCUGGAGCUGUACAAUGUGCUGUUUGACAACGUCGUGGAAGGCGUCCCAGACUGCAUGCUCUUCCCCUGGAACGUCGGGAUCGCUGAGAACGCGUGCAGGUCGGGCUUCGACUGCACUGGCUUGGCGGGCCUGCCGCAGGUAGUCUACUGCGUCGCUGGGGAGGCCACGGUGCUCUUGGCUGACAUCGCGCAGCUCAUCCAGGGCGACGGCCAAGAAAUGGACGAUUUGGCCAAGCUCAUUACCCUAUUGGAAGGCUGCACGCUCGAGAUGCUUGGCGAUCGCUUGCGAUGGAUUGUGCUCGAGAAGGGCCAGCUCCUCUGGGUGCCUGCGGCAUUCGUGCCAUUCUAUAAGACCGCAACCAAGGGGGGGUGCGUCGUCUCCCAGAUCCCUGCGCUCAAUAAGCUCAACGUGGCGGCUGAUGGUCCCUUGGUCCAAACCUGGAAAAUGAUCAUCGACUCGCUGGCGAAGCACGCCUCCUUGCGGAAAGAUUGCAAUCCGUGGAAGAAGAUCUCAGACAAGCUGCCCAAACUGUGCGAUGCGAUCCAGAGGGAGGUCAAGCCCGAGCUCGACGUGAAGAAGGACGACGACGGCUCCAAGCUCGGCGUGAAGGACGACGACGGCUCCAAGCUCGACGCAGAGAAGGGCGACGGCUCCAAGCUCGACGCAGAGAAGGGCCCCGAGGACAGCUCCAAGGCGCCUGCGUGGGUCGGCGACGGCCGCGACAGCAAGGGCACCGAGGACUGA